CAAUAGAUUAUGGAGGGAGUUUAAAGUCUAUUAUCAUGCAAAAUUGUAGUGGUAUCAGUGAAAAGAACGUAGAUUGGUGUCGUAUCGUUCAAAGGAGAGUUACGACCAAUCGAAUGUCCAUUCUCUGGCGAACGUUGCGAUCUAACCUAAUCCCGGAUUUGAGCUUGGUCAGUCGACGCCAUCUUUAUAUUUAUAUUUACAGUCAGUUCACUCGAAGAGGAGACAGUGCACGUCGUACAAGUCAUGAGUGUGGAUAGUGCGCGUGACGUGGUGGUUGUUGCGAAUAAAAACGUUCAACAAAACCGGUCGUCGAAAUGACAGGGCCGAUCGUGUUAUGAGUUUGCGCCAUAGAUCUAGUUUUGCAGGAAUCUUCGAAGAUCGCGAUCGACGGAAGAGUCGUAUAUCGUCUCAGUGUCCAUGUAAAAUAAUUCUUUUGAACACCUCCUCCCCUCCUUCGUGUAUAUAGUUGAUAUAUGUAUGCAUAAAAUGCACAAGUUAAGGUUACCUGUCAAGGUAGAAUUACCCAGUGCUUUAACAAGCACAAGACGAUUCAUCAAAACUUAUUAUUUAUGGAUGGUAUUGGACCCCAAGGUCACAAGUCUACAUAGCGAUUACGGAAGUUUCGAUCGACCAUUGGGAGGUGGGGAGGGUCACGAGAGGGACGUGGAGGCGGCUGUUGAUGGGAGUAGCAGCGGGAUGGCACAAUCGAGUGAUAUUUAUCAAAGGCAACCUCUCUUACCUGGUGCACCAACUAAGAGCAAGGACAAGUGGUCCGGGGUGGCUUCCGGUUCGGAUUAUUACGAGGACGACGAGGAGGAGAAAAUCGACGGUCUUGGACGUCAUCCAGGAAUAACGAAUGGACCAGGAAGCGGCGUCAUUAAAAUCGACAUACCGGCGCCGCUUCGCGAGGAACCACGAUUUCCCAAAGAAAAAUGGAAAACUUUUCUCGCUUUCCUGUUCAUGGUCGUGAACUUCAUACUGACCACGGCCUCACUCGCGAUGGUUCACGAACGUGUUCCAGAUCGGAAUACUUAUGGCCCGUUACCAGACAUUGUACUGGAUAAUAUUACUGCCCAAGAUUGGACACUCAAUGUUUCGGAAGUUCUCAUUAUGAUAAUGUCCAACUCGGCAAUGGUUUUCAUUAUUUUUCAUAAACAUAGAUUUAUCGUCAUCAGACGGAUAUUCCUUUUGAUGGGUCUGCUGUAUAUGAUGAGAAGUAUCACGAUGUAUGUGACUGUUUUGCCGGUUGCAAGUAAAACAUAUUUCUGUAGUCCAAAGGCAAAUAACACAAGUCCUCUUCUGGUUACGAAAAGAGUACUACAGCUUAUCUCUGGUUUUGGUUUGUCGAUUAAUGGCAAACACACUUAUUGCGGAGAUUACAUUUACAGCGGUCAUACGGUUGUACUUGUACUUAGUUACCUGAUUAUUAAAGAGUAUUCCCCUAGAAGAUGUCAACCGAUUCAUUGGUUGGGUGGUCUUACGGUUUUUGUUGGUAUAAUUAUGGUAUUGGUAGCUCAUGGACAUUAUACGGUGGAUGUCCUUAUAGCAUAUUAUUUAACUACACGUUUAUGGUACAUAUACCAUACGUUAGCAAAUAAUCCUUAUUUGAAGCAAAACGGACCAAAUAAUUUUCUGGCCCGACUCUGGUGGUAUCCUAUAUUCAAAUAUUUUGAGAAAAACGUGGGUGGUACAGUGCCACGACAAUACAAUUGGCCUUUGCCUUGGCCUCGAAGAUUUCUUGCCAAGCAUCCUAAUCGAGACAGUUAAUAUCUGCCCAGGCUCCAAGAUAGAGACUGAUAAGUAACGAAAUCCUUCCUGACUAUAUGCUAUAUGUAUAUGUAUAUACGUGUGUGUGCAUGUGCGCGUGCGUGUAUGCGCGUAUGUGUGUAUAUAUAUACAUACGUACAUAAAUAAAUAAAUAUAUAUAUAUAUAUAUAUAUAUAUACACGCAUAAAGUUAUAUAUAUAUACAUAUACAUAUACGUUUGUACCUAAGCUUAUUCUUAUGAAAAUAAAGCUUGGGUGAAAGGGAAGUGUCCAUUAUAUGCGAAUUUUUGCGAAUUAUACCCUUUUAUUGUGGAUUUUAAAGGGUCAUCACAAAAGUUUGCAUCAAUGUUCAAUUUGUUAUACCGCGAGUGCGGGCCAAAACUGUAUCGUCGCGUAUAUAUAAAUUGCAGUUUACUCAAUCGCGUCGCAAUUCACGCUUUACCUGAUUUUCAUGAAGAAGAACUCUAGCGUAUAUCCUAUGUAAAGAAGAAUAAUAAUAGCUUAUCUAUACGAUGCUUUGCGCGAAGUUUUAGAAAGAAUUAGUACGAUUGGGAGGGAGGGGUUCACGGGGUGGGAGGGGCAAGGGAAGAUAAUAUUUCAUCGAUAAUAUAAUUGAACAGAUCUGAACGCACACACCGAUAUUUAUAUAAUAUAUAUAUAUAUAUAUGUUUUAUUUGGAGCAUAUACAUACAUACACACACACACACACACACAUACACACACACAUAAGCGAGAACGAAGCAUAGUUUAAUUAAUGUAAAAUUGAAACUCGACUUUUUGAAUUAGAACUUUUUUUUGUUUAUCUCUUCCUUUUUCUUUUUAUUUCUUUCUUUCUUUCUUUCUUUCUUUCCUUUUUUUUCUUUUUUUUUAUAAUCCUAUUCUUUGUUUCUUCUAACAAUACAAAACCUUCCUCCAAUCGAAUUAUUUUCUUAUUAUAUCUUUUGAUCACUAUACUUCCAAUAUGCAACCUGCCCUACGACUUAUUCCGGCGAAAAACGAUCCAGCAAUAAAUUUAUAUUAAAAUAUAUAUAUAUAUAUAUAUAUAUAUAUAUAUA